AUGUGGCCAGAGCCCACUCAGGAUGGUGGAGGAGGGGAGGGAGGAGGCAGCAGACACGGGCAUGCCGCUCAGCGCGGCAUGGAUGGAUCCAAGUGUCGAGCAUUCUGGGACCGUCCUUGGGGGCAAUUGGGCCGUCUCCUGUGCUGCUCUAGCCGCGGCCGGCUUGCUGAAGAGACGAGCGGAAGUCCGAUGAGGAAGAACCGUCGAUUAUUCGUCACCGGCAUCGUGCUUUCGCGCCUGUGGGGGUGGUUGUCAGGACGCAGCUCUGCUGUACGUGUGACUCGUCCGAGCAGGCCGGGCUUCGCUCCUCGCUUGACGACGACGGCGGCGGCGGACGGUGACGAUGACGAUGAUGGGCGUGAGGGAAUACUGUACAUGGCACGCCAAGAGGGUCUCGGUAGCAACAGCAGCGAGGCCCGUUUGAUGCUGCUUGCUGUGGAUCUCGACGCAGGCCAGCUGCGCGGGUACUGUACGGUAUCACACAUUCUGAUAUGCUCGUUGAGCAGCAUCCGGAACGGGGUUUGCUGCGCGACAAAGUUCGUACAGGACGCCCUGCGUCUGUCUCGGGUCAGCAUCUUGUUGCCCUCGUUCCAUCGCUCCUCUUCUUCUUCUUCUUCUUCUUCUUCUGCUUCACUCUCUCAGUCUCUGCUCCUGGACCUCCAUCCUCACGCUGAUGUGUUCGGAAGGCGGUUUGGCCUGGAGAGGUUGGGGUCCCCUUUACCCUGGUUCUGCUGCAUCGUUUCCGUUCGUCUUUGA